CGCCCUGCGACGCAACAAUACUCUGAAACAUUUCAAAUCGUCCAAGAAAACUAAGGCAUCAUCUAAACAUGGCGUCUUGGAGUCUCAAGAAGAUGGUGGAGCAGAAGAUGCUCCAAUUCGACGUGACGUUCGCAACGUACAUGUUUACGCCAAUGGAGAAGUUCUUUUUCUAUUCGGUCCUCUUCCUGCUCAUCAGCCUGACCUCCAUCGCCGCAACCCUGUACCUCCCGCAACACGUCUCCCUUCUUGCCGGCCGCGCGUGGUACUACAUCAACGGCGAGACGAUUGACAUUGCGGCGUUUGCGAGAAAUGUCUUUGACGGGGCGCUGGGAGCUGGCAAGGGCGCUGCGGCGGUUGUGAGAGAGCUAUAAACAAAUCGACAACUGGGAGACAAAGAAUAUUGAGAGAUGUACGAGCCGGAGCGAGGCGCUUACGAUAAUAACGGACACGAAUAUAAGGGCUGAUGAGAGUGGGAGAGAAAAGGUGCAAUCUACUGCCUGGCGAAAUCAAAACACUUGGCUUCAUAUCGAGAGCGACGAGCAAGGGGGCAGAGCGGCUUUUGUUGACAGUCGUUCCUAUCUGUGAUGAACUAUUUGGCGUUGGGUAUAUUGGUUUCGAAGAAGUGUAAUGGAAUGGCCGGCCUUGUAUGGCUUUAAUGAUGGUAUAAAUUAAUACGCUCCUGCUACGAGCUUAAAGUGGUGGUAAUACAAAAUGUUCCUCUAGCUCUUCCUCUUCUUCUUCUUUUUAAGCACCAAUGGAAGUGUUUUUGAGUGUUUGAAUGCCUGGCCAAGAUGUAAAUGUCCAAUGUAUUUUGCCCUGGAUAUGAAUCAUUCAAGUGCUUGACUGCUUCUGUUCUGUAAAAUAUUCCUCUCCAAAACCAUAGACCCUUAGCGAGCUAUCCUCUCCGGCAACAGCAAGCUCAUACUUGGCGGC